CACUUUACAACAGAGGAAAUGACUGCAAGUGGUGCUACAACAGAAGAAGUUAGCACAACCUAUUUCACAACAGAUGGAUUGCACACAACUUACUCUACUACACAAAAUCCUGGAACCACCAACCUCAUUACAGAUGUACAGAACACCACUGGCUAUGGAGCAAAUGAAUCUACAAUCAGUCACUUUACAACAGAGGAAAUGACUGCAAGUGGUGCUACAACAGAAGAAGUUAGCACAACCUAUUUCACAACAGAUGGAUUGCACACAACUUACUCUACUACACAAAAUCCUAGAACCACCAACCUCAUUACAGAUGUACAGAACACCACUGGCUAUGGAGCAAAUGAGUCUACAAUCAGUCACUUUACAACAGAGGAAAUGACUGCAGGUGGUGCUACAACAGAAGAAGUUAGCACAACCUAUUUCACAACAGACGGAUUGCACACAACUUACUCUACUACACAAAAUCCUGGAACCACCAACCUCAUUACAGAUGUACACAGUACCACUUACAGCACAGAGGAGUCUAAAUUCAGUGACUUUACAACAAAAGAGCUGACUGCAACUGGUUUUGCAACAGAAAAGCAAAGCACAACACAUUUCAUAACAAAUGCAUUGCGCAACACUUAUUCUACUUCCAGCUUCACUGCAAGCAAUCCAAACACCAGUGGCCAUGGUACAACCAAUUUUAUUACUGAUAUAGUAGGCACCAGUGGCUAUAAUACAAAAGAGUCUACACAGAGUGGUUUUACAACAGAUGAUGUAAGAGAAAGUGAUUUUACUACAGAAGAAUCAAAUACUAGUCAUACACAAAAUCCUAAAACCAUCAAACCUACUACAAAAGCACAAAACAUCAGUGGCUAUAGUACAAAAGAAUCUAUAAUCAGUGAGCUUACAGCACAAACUAGUGAUUUUCAAACAGAAAUGACAAAUACUAUUCAUAGUGUUGUCACAGCAUCCUCUAAACAUACUCUUGAUGCUUCAUCUGCAUUACCUACACCUACUCAGAAUGCUUCAUUAACAACUUUGAAUAAUACUUUAUCACCAUCAGAUUAUACAGAAACUUUUUCAUCGACCCAGCAUGGCCCUACUAUAACACCACUGACUCUCAGUCAAACAGCUUCACUUCUGCUAUCUGAGCCAGUGUACUCUUCUAAGGUAUCUGUUGAUGGUCCAGACACUACAGCCACAUCUUUGUCAGCUCACUCGGUUUCAACUUCAUCAUUAACAACUUCUCGUAUGGCUUCCUUGGAAAGAACUAUAAAUGUACUAAGUGAUUCCACUUCAUCCUCUACACCAUCUACAAGUGCUGCUACUUUACAACCUACACCUGGUCAAAUAGAUUUAUCCUCAUCUCCCAGGACCCAAAACACUGCCACGACGUCUUUUUUUCAUGAUCCAACAACUUUAGUUAUAUUGCCAGCUAUUACUUCAACAGAUGCCACAGAAUCUUUCACUGAUUCUCCGGCUAUUUCAUUGACGGCAUUUACUUUGUCAUCAGGUGAUGCCACUUAUACGUCACCAACAUUUGCAUCAUCUACUGUAAAUCAAAGGACUACCACAGUAUUAUCUAAUUCUGUGGCACCUCUUUCCUCUUUGGUAUCCGGAACAACCCAAAGUGUUGGAACACUACGUGUUUACACAUCAGCAACCACACCUACUGGACUGCCAACAUCUAUAACAACUUCAGCUCAUUUUCCUUUUGUUGUAACUCAGACUACUACCCUAACAUCAUCCUCUCGGCUUUCACCUGCUCUGCCUUUAUCAUCUACUAUAACACACAGUUCUACCACUUCAUUAUCUACUCUUCUCACAACUUCUUCCUCCUCUGCAGAAACUACUACCACCUUACUAUCUACAAGUUUGCCACUAACUUCCCCAUCCAAUACAUUCUCCCCUGCUCUUUCUAAUUCAGUUUUAUCAUCUACACAUAUCCAAACAGAUACUGCAUCAUCUACAAAGGUUCCACAAACUUUAGCUUCGACCUCAACCUCUAUUGCUUUCCAGUCUUCUCCUGCCCAAUCUGCCACAUACACUCCUCUUGUCUCAAUAUCAUCAUCUACCACAAAUCAUCCUGCUUCUUCAUCAGUCUCUCAAAAUGAUAAAACAUUGUCAUCUGCCACUUCCUCGAAGGAAAUGUCUUCAACUGGGUUUCCAACAAGCAGCAUCUCAUCAUCGUUGUCUUCAUCUAAAUCUUCAUCUACUACCACUAGCCAAACAACAACAAUUAUGUCCAAUGCAACUACAAGCACAACUACUACAACGUCUAUAAGUCCUCCUGUCAAUGAGCCCAAUGACAGAACCUUUGCCAUUGACUUUACCAUUAUCAACAUAAAUUUCACAUCUGACUUGAGUAACCCUAAUUCAACUUUAUAUAAAGAGCUGGAGUACAACAUCACAUUACAGUUAACAACACUCUACAAAAAAUGUUACUUGGGCAGCCUCUUCAAGUAUGUCAAAGUGAACGGCUUUAGAAAAGGCUCCGUGAUAGUGGACUGUACCUGUGUCUUCAGCACAAAUAACUCACUCCACAAUGUCUCAACCUUACUCAACGGUACCUCUGUCAAGGAUAUAUUUAUAUCUGCACUCAAUGGAUCUAAUGAUUUGGGUGUGAUGUAUCUUAUAAACCCAAAGAGCUUAACAGUGCAAGAACAAACAACAACUACAUCAACUGUAACCACCACAACAGUUUCAACAACAUCGAUGACCAAUAUACCUGUCACGGACUCCAGUGACAAACGCUUCAUCAUCAACUUCACCAUCAUAAACCUAAAUUUCACAUCUGACUUGAAUAAACCCAGCUCGGCUUUGUAUAAAAACUUGGAGACCAACAUCACAGCACAGCUCACACUUCUUUAUAAGAACAGUGAAUUAUCCAACAUCUUCAAGUAUGCCAGUGUGAAAGGCUUUAGUAAAGGCUCUGUGAAGGUGAGCUCUGUCUGUGUCUUCAGCUCAAGCCCCAUACUCAGCUUAACCUUGGUGAAGAAUAUAUUUGUAAGUGGAACUAAUAACUCCAGUCUAUUUGGCGGACUCUAUCAGCUGGAUCCAAGCAGUGUGUCAGUAGAAGAAGACAUCAUUGAUCCCCUGAGUCAGUCGUAUGUGCCCUAUUGGGCCAUUAUCCUAAUAUGCUUGGGCAUCACGCUGAUUUUGUCAAUGAUCUCUUUCCUUGGCUAUGUGACUGUUCGAAGCAAGUGGUAUGGUCGAAGGGGUUCUUAUGAUAUAAUGCAGAUGCCGCAGAACUUGCCUUACACACGUCUUAAGUGAGAAUCAGAGACACCAGAAGAGCAGAAGAGAAGGAAUGAAAGGAAGACACCAAAAUUAAAAUGAACAAAAUAUAUAUAUAUAUUUUGCUCAGUUCUGACAUGGCAAUUAAUUUACCUUGCAAAAACAUAUCAUUAUUUUUAUAGCUUUACAUGAAUGUUUACAUUAUUAUUAAAUUAAUGCCAACAAAAAGAAAAUUGUAAACAAAAAGUUAAUGUUUCUUAUUUUUAUAUACUUCAUGUGACAUACGAGUAAAAAAAUCGUAUAAAAUGGCACUGCCAGCACUUUGUUGUUGAUUUUCAAUUGAAAAUAUAAAUGAGUAUUUUAAUAAUAAAAUUUGAAUAUGUAUUUA